AUGGUUUUUCGUGUUGCAGUAGCAACUCAGGCUCUCUUGCUAAUCCUCCUCCUCACUACGCCUCACUUCGUAUUGGCAGGCAAGAAAGGAGGAGGCGGAGGCAAGAAAGGAGGAGGCGGUAAGGGUGGGGCUAAAAAACCAUCGGCACCUUAUAGAGCACCUAAGAAUGGUGGAGGCGGGGCCAAGAAUAAACCAUCGAAACCAGCAACACCUUAUAGACCACCUGUAGUACCCGAGCCCAAAAAACCAGUGGCAGAUUCUACACCUCUGCCGGAAGCUGUGGCCACCAUUGAAGUGCCUAGACCAGGGACACUAUCGAGAGGUCCCGCCUGUAAGGGCAACGGUGAGGGUAUCAUAUACAAGGGAGGCCCUCUCCUGACCGGGGAGCUCAACCUUUCCAUAAUAUUUUACGGCCAAUGGCAGAGCCAACACAAGGAUCUGAUCAGGAGUUUCCUCAGUUCGUUGGCGGUGCCGGGCUCGACAGCGAACCAGUGGUGGGCCAUUGUGGAAAGUUACCAGACUGUGGCCAAUAUGCCCAACCAAGGCGUCCAUAUCAAAGUGGGCACUCAGUCGAGCGAUGAUAAGGCCUCCUUGGGCAAAGUUUUGACCAAAGACUUUAUCAAGCAGCUUGUGCAGAGGGCCAAGAGCGGCAACCCCAACACUCUCGCUGUCAUCUUCGCUCACAAAGAUGUCGCAGUUGCAGACCUGUGCAGGGGCAAAUGCUACGAGCAUGGAGCGUUUGAUAACAUGCCCUAUCUCAUUGUCGGAAACCCCGAAGUUGAGUGCCCUGGUUCUUGUGCCAUUCCCUUCGCAAAGGCCAGCUACGGUCCUGCAGGCGACACCGUCAAACCACCAAACGGCGACCUGGGCGUUGAUGCUACCAUCAUCAACUUUGCCUCCGGCUUGGCUUCCGUAGUCACUAACCCAUUCAACGGCGGAUUUUCCAAACCAGGACCCAAAACCUGGGCGAUUGAGGCUGGCAACGCCUGCGAGGAUAUGUUCGGAAGCGGAGCAGGCCCCGGCCAACCCGGAAAGAUGACAAUCGACGCAGCUGGUUGUGGCUACAAUGCCGUUGGAGAUGGGGGUGCCAGAUUCUUGCUUCCAGCAAUUUGGGAUCCAAAGUCGUCCACAUGCUGGACCCCUAUGUAA